AUGGCUAGCAACACCAAAAUUGAGAAUUUGGCAAGUCAGUAUAGGGUGCUUUCCCAUCUUGGGGAGGGUUCAGUUGGCACUGUAAAAUUAGCCUGCCACCUGAAAACCAAUGCCCUGGUUGCCAUCAAAACGAUAGAGAUCACCAACAAGAACAUUGUCGUUAUCCUGUCGGAAAGAGCAGUACUGGAGAGGCUAAACCAUCCACACGUCAUCCGCCUCUUCCAGGUACUAAUAACAACAGGCCACAUUAAUUUUGUUCUUGAAUACGCUGCGGGAGGAACUUUAUUUGACUUUAUAAAGGAGAAUGGUCCUCUGCAUGAGGAAGAAGCGAAAGAAGUUUUUGGACAGAUCGUGGCUGCCAUUAAAUACUGCCACAAUCUUGGCAUCGCCCAUCGAGAUAUUAAGGCCAAAAAUAUACUCAGGGAUGAGGAUGGCAAUGUAAAAUUGACAGACUUUGGGCUGGCCAUCAAAUGCAGACCGGGCAGCUUACUGAAUGUGAGGUGUGGGACCAGAGGCUUUUACGCCCCAGAGGUCGUACUACGGGAGCCAUACGAUGGUAAGAAGACAGAUGUAUGGAGUUUGGGCGUGCUACUCUUUUAUAUUACCACUGGGUACUACCCGUUCACAGGAAACAAUGUUAAAGAGACAGAGAAAAACAUUGCCACGGGGACCUAUCACAUUCCAUCUUACUUCUCUGGUCACCUUGAAAAUCUAAUCCACCAGAUCUUCACCGUUGCCCCAGAGAGGAGGCCCUCCAUUGAAGACAUUGAAGAACAUCCAUGGGUAAUGAAAUGUGAAGCAAAGAUCCAGACUGAUGCCUACCCAGACUGCAACAUCGUGGACAGGCUCUGUGGCAUGGGGUUUAAUGCCAACGACAUCUUGGAAUCCGUGCAGAAGAAAUGGUUUGAUGAAAAAAUGGGGACCUACUUGCUUUUAAAAGAACAGGUACGCUUAGGAAUCGAGACUAUACCUACCAGUUCAGCCAAGCCUGAAGAUCCAUGCCCUACGCUACCCCCAUUACCAGCACAUGCAUCUACCACUGGUCUUCCCCUCAAAAAAAGUGCCAGUGAACCCAGCUUUGGCCUCCUCCACAACCAGCCCUCAGGACAGCAGGGACCUGAUGCCUUGACACUACUAUCAGGUCUCAAGGUGGCCAGAAGUGUCUCCUUGCUGCCCAUGGUCCUCCAUUGUCCAAACAAGAGUACCGAUUCUACCCGUGGCCUCCGGUCUGGAGCUAUGACUGCCCCGUGUGUCUGCAGCACCAAAUUGGUAGACAAAAUAGACGAGGCACCCGAGCCAAGCUUUGCUGUGGAAGCAUCACCUCCCCCUGUGAAGAUCGGGCGCUUUAAGAAACUACGCAACAGAAUCAGGGAUUGCCUGUCGAGACUUUGUUGUUUCCCCCGGGCUCCAAGGAGAAAAACCCCACAUCCAUCCUCAAAGAAAGUGGCUCCCCUGUAA